AUGAGCGCCCCCCAGGAACAGAAACAGCAGCAGUCGAAGCUCUUUGAGCCUCUGGCCAUUGCCAAUGGCAAGAUCACCCUCAAGCAUCGCGUCGUCCAUGCGCCCAUGACCCGCAAUCGCGGCGUGCCCCUCAGUCCUGUCAGCACGCCUGAGAAGCCGAAUCGCAUCUGGUACCCUGGCGACCUGAUCGUCGACUACUACCGUCAACGCGCCACCGAUGGGGGGUUGAUCAUCUCGGAGGGCAUUCCUCCCUCCUUAGAGAGCAACGGAAUGCCCGGCGUGCCCGGCCUCUUCACGCCCGAACAAACCGCCGGUUGGAAACGAGUCGUCGACGCCGUCCACGAAAAGGGAGGCUACAUCUACGCGCAGCUCUGGCACGCCGGCCGCGCCACAAUCCCUCAAAUGACCGGCUCCCCCGCUGUUUCUGCCUCCGCGACAGUCUGGGACUCGCCGACCGAAUGCUACUCCCACCCUCCAGUCGGUGCGACCGAACAAGUGCCCUACUCUGCGCAUCCCCCGAUCGAACUCACCAUCGAACACAUCCACCGCACCAUUGACGACUACUGCAGGGCUGCAAAGGCCGCUAUCGAAGCCGGCUUCGAUGGGGUGGAGCUACAUGGUGGAAACGGAUACCUGCCUGAGCAGUUCCUCAGCUCCAACAUCAACAAGCGGACGGAUGAGUACGGGGGCUCGCCGGAGAAGCGGUGUCGGUUCGUGCUUGAGCUCAUGGAUGCGCUGGCGAGAACGGUUGGUGAACAGAACCUGGCUAUCCGACUCUCCCCAUUCGGCCUCUUCAACCAGGCGCGCGGCGAGCAGCGAGUCGAGACGUGGACGCACCUGUGCAAAGAGCUGAAGCGUGCACACCCCGAUCUUUCCUACGUCAGCUUCAUCGAACCUCGCUAUGAACAGAUCUUCAGCACCGCCGAGAAGGACACCUUCCUCGCAUCCUGGGGCCUCAAAAACGUCGACCUAACCUCCUUCCGGACGAUCUUCGGUUCCACCCCCUUUUUCAGCGCCGGCGGGUGGGACGACAAGAACAGCUGGGGGGUUGUCGAGAGCGGACGGUACGAUGCGCUGCUGUACGGGCGGCUCUUUACGAGUAACCCGGAUCUCGUCGAAAGGUUGAGGACGGGGACGGGGCUUACGCCGUAUGAGCGCAGUAGGUUCUAUGGGCCGUUUGAGGAUAACAGGGUCUGUUAUACGGAUUAUCCGCCUGCGACGGGGCAUACGACAAUCACGAUCGGUGUGCAGGAGUAA